CGACCAAAUGUAGUUCUGGCCAACAGCGGUGUAAAACGUUAAACCAUGUCGGGAAAAUGGGUCCUCUCGAUGUUUGAAACGGGUUUCGAAUGAAGUUCUCGGUGACAUGGUUGUCCUGUGAAUUAUGUGAUAUUCCCUGUCGUGGAUUAUUUCUUAACAUCCAAAGAAUGGAAGUUCAAGUCGUCCAACAACAGCUCGAAACUGCUGCGAAGAUCAUAUUGGCUCCGCCUAACUUGGUUACCAACGAACAAAGGCAUGCGGCAGAGGCAGUCUUUUUAAAUCUGAAGAAAAGCAAAUCUCCAUAUGCCUUGUGCAGACACUUAUUUGAAUCUAGCUCUGUUGAUUAUGUUUUGUUUGAAGCUGCUGGAGCAGUAAAAGAAGCGUUAAUUCGUGAGUGGAAUCUUCUGCCAGAAAGUGACAUUGCUUCUCUACGGCAGUACUUACUGCAUUAUAUUAUGAAUAAAACCAAUCUUGCAUUAUUUGUCAGAGAGAGAAUGCUCCAAGUAAUUGUUAUAAUGAUCAAGAGAGCAAGCAUUUCGAAUCAGUCAAAUGAUAGAUCUGAACUUUUGCGCCAAGUCGAACAACUUAUUCUCAGUGGUGAUACUCAUAAGCAAGUUCUAGGUUGUUGUAUAAUCACAACAAUCAUUCAAGAGUACAGCACAACCAUCAAAUCAUCUGAUGUUGGCUUCACUUGGGAAAUGCAUAUCACAGCAAAGAAAGAGUUUGAGAGCUCAGACUUGCCAAAAAUAUUUCAAUUUUGUCUUCGAGCCCUGAAUGAACUGACUAGCGUCAAGUCACCAUUCCCUGCACAAGUAAAUACAGUGGCAAAACAUCUACUUUCAAUAUCAGAAUCUGUGUUACAAUGGAAUUUCACAGAUUCUGGAAACAGCUUUCUGAAAAUGUUUGUUUUGAAGCAAGAAGUAUAUCCAUUGUUGAUCACUCCACAAUGGAGAGAUAUUCUAAUGAACAGUGAAGUGCUUGAGCUAUUCUUCACUUUACAUAUGAAAAUUAGAGAUAAUCCUUCACUUGCGCAUCAUUCUCUAAGCUGCCUGGUUCAGUUAGCAGGCCUCGUUUACAGAGAUCGUGACUUCAGGAAUGAUGAAAGUUCUCGUUUAAACAUUGACGGCCUUAACUAUUUAAAGUUUUACAUUGAAUCAUUCGUUAAAUUCACCGCCUCCGUUCAAAUUUUGGAUCGUGAAGCACUAGGUGUUGCAAAUAUCAUAAAAAAAAUUGUUAACAAUAGUUUCGGAAGAAGAGUACCCAAACAAAAGUUAAUGAGCUCACUUCAGAAUAGCUUACUUGCGUUCAACGAGCAGAUACUUGUUCUCACAUGUCGCUUUUGUGAAGGUGCAGCAGAUGAAGAAUCAAUGUAUGCUGAUGAUUGUAUGUUCCAAGAAGCCUUUGAACUUAUAUUGGAAGUAUGGGUUGACAUCCUUGAACAUUUUCAGCACUUUUGCAGCCCUCAAGCCCCACAUCAAAUAUUCAACACUUUUUUGAAGUGUCAUCUAGGCCCACCAGAUGGAAUCAGAGGUGUGCGAGCUGUUAUCCAAGAGAUUGAUGAUAUUGAUGAAAUUGAUCGCAUAAAGUUCAAAGAACAGCUUCAAGCUGUCGGCCGCUGUGGAAGGGAAAUUCUAGAACACUCGUUACCCUUACUUUCCAGACUGAUCGAAGAGCGCACCAUGAAACUUCAGAACCAAUUACAACAAAUGGCUGUGCAGAGAAUCAAUAUUUCUGAUGCUACAAUGGUGGAUAAUCUCUUUGAGGAUAUCCAUUGGCUCCUUCUACUUGCUGGUCACACCAUAGCUAUGGAAAGUUCUGGUGAAACUCCUCUAAUUCCAACCUCUUUGAUGCAGUACAGUCGUUCAAAAGCAAAUGAAACAAACAUGGACAUGACAUUAAAACUACUAAUGUCACCUGAAAUCCCUAUCUCUGAAGUUCCUGGAGCUGAACACUCUACAGACCCUAUAAUUAGACUGGUUGCAGCUGUAUUCCGUCUCACAUUUGUUGAGCAAACGGCAAUUGAAGCUAAACUUACAUCUAUGCUAAGUCCUCAAGUGGGGUCGAGCCUUGUGUGGUUUAUCCGUCAUUGGGCUUUAUCAUAUCUUCUUGCUAAUGAAUCGGUCUAUUUAGAGCUGAGUAUGCCGUUAAUGAUGGCCUUUAGUCAACAAUCAGAACAUGCACGCUGGGUUGUCAAUUUCAUUCUCCACAAAAUUGAAAUAAAUCUCCUAAAUUACAGUGGAGAGCCUAUGUUAAUUGAAGAAACAGUCGAUCUUCUCAUCUCUCUAGUCAACUACCGUGAGAAGGGGACCUAUGUGUUGAAGUGUGAGGGCUUAUGGAAAAUUAUUGAAAUAGCUGAAAAAACAAGUCAAGAUCUUUUGCCGAGCAAAGCGAAACGAGGCCUCUACAAGGCAUUCACCCUCGGUGGCUAUGCUAUAGAUGACAAAUCCAAAAGAGAAGAAUACUGGGUUCAGGUGUUGAAACCUUUACAAGAUCGAUUCAAGAAUCUAAUAUGUCAGGACAAUUUUAAUAGGAACUUCCAUGAGGAAAAAAAUAAAGUUGAAAUGAUUGACAUCCUCGAAAGAUUCAUAGGUGUAGCUCAGGGUAUUGAAAUCUCUACCGUAGAGCCUCUUUUCAAUUUCUUGUCACCAAUUUUAUCGGAAUACGCCACAUUAAUCGGAAUUUAUCACAAUUAUCAGCAAAUUGUAGAGCUCAUCCUGGAAUUAUUUUGUGAAACUGCAUCCUCCUCCCUUUGUUUUCUUGUUCCCGGAAAAGAGAGGCAAAUAGGAUUGAAUUAUUGUCUCCGCCUGAUUGAAAGUUAUACUUCUCAUCUAGCAGAGCAAAGCAACAAAUUGUAUGAUUCCUGUUGUCAAGUCAUUCAAACCUAUGCUCAGAUGAACACAGGUCGAGUCACGACUGAUUGUGCUGCGCAAGAAGAAUCGUUCAAUGAUAUUGGAUUGUUCCUAGAUCUCCUUUUUAACUUGUUAAGCAAAGAUGAAAUAGAUUUAAGUGCAUCAACUGGUGAUACCUGUGAAAGAAUUGACGCUGGUGAUGUGUGCCUUCGCGGUUUAGCUGUAAUAAUGCCUUUGAUGACCUUAGACUUACUUAGAUUUCCUACACUGUGCCAAAAGUAUUACAAAUUAAUCACAAAUAUCGCAGAACUUCAUCCUCAAAAAAUCUGCGAACAACCAGAGCAUAUGCUAAAAAACAUUCUAGCUUCAAUUGAACUUGGAAUGACAAUGUUCGAUCAAAGUGUAGUGGUCUACUGUUGUGAUUUUUUGCGAGUUGUUGGCAGUCAUUUAUAUCAGACAUCGCCCCAGUCAUAUAUACAAGCUAGACAAUCUUUUAAACCUUUUUUAAAAUUAAUAAUGGAUCUCAUUUUAUCUCAUCAAGUGAAUUCAGAUAUUCUGCCAAAUAUCGGAGGAGCCUUAUCUAUCUUAAUAUGCUGCUUUCAAAGCGACUUCAUGAUCCUGGUCUCACAGUUAAUCUCAGCGCAGCCUGAUGCUGUGAUUGCUGACAAACUUACAAAAGCCUUCACUGCAUUAACAACAAAUAUUGAACAGACGGCAUUGCGUCAAUCCAAGUUUGAAAUAAAGUUUGAACAGUUUAUGAUAGAUAUUCGCAGUUUUCUAUUUAUCAAAUGAUCUCGUUCUGUUGCAUCUGCCUAACACAAGGUUUCAAGCAAAUAGCUUGACUUGCAUGUCAGCUGCUGUGAGUAUGAAGUUCCUUCUACAAAACCUUAUAUUCACCCUCAUUCAGGGACAGGCCUGUCUUUCAGGUGCCAAAAUUUUCGCCUUUUUCACAUUGAAACGGCACACACCAAUCAUUCAGACUUAUCCUCAGAAUUGCAUCUUACGAACGAUUUGGUUACAUUGGUAUCAUGUCCAAGUACAUGAUACUAAUUUUAUUUUCCUCUAAAACACUCAUGAAGUUUUAGAACCGAAAUAUAUUUUUAUCAUUGACAAGUUGAACCCAAUUUUCUCACAUGUUCUAUUUUUCAUAAUGACAUGAAUCGUUUUUAAACACUACUUAUUUUCAAAUACUCCAUACUUUGUAGGAUUUCCUCUGAUCGUCAGCUGAAAAAGCAACAGUGUUGACAAAUGAUUGCUGAAGACUUACCAAGCCUAGUACAUCAUCAUUAAUACUGUCUAGUACGCUGAUCACCACUGAUAAAUGCACCAAAUAAAUAGCCGGUCUAUUAAUGCUAAAAAUUAAUCUUGCCAAUAACUACAGUAGAAAUACCCUUUGCAUACGUUUUCGUUUAUUUGUAGUUGUUUAUAAUUUCACAUAGAAUGUUUUCCAAUCGUCUGCCUUAUUGUCUCAGAAUGUGCCCUGUGUGGAACUAGAAUAUUUGUGAAUCAUUAAUCAAUGGCAAGAAAUUUUCUAUAUCAUUGGAUGCUUUUUGGAAUGAUUAAUAUUUCUUAUUUGCUAGCCAAGCCCAUCCUUGGCUGUUGGAUUUCUCUUCUCUGUUUGAUCAUGUGUUAUGUGGUGUGCCUUAAGUUCUUUGUUGUUUAUGUAGCGAGGUCAUCAAAGGGAUUGAACUAAAAACAUUUUUGAAUAGUCUCAAAAUUUUGAGGUCUUCCUGGGUCACCAUUAUCAAAGACUUACAAUGUGUACAAUGUUGCUCAGAUUUUUGUUUUUGAAAAAUUUGAAACCCACUGACCUCAUUUUGUUGGAUUUUUUCUGUCACUCCUAAUUUCUCCUGUACAAGUAUCAACUUUUUCAGUUGCUCCUCAAGAGAUUGAUGUAAAAUUGACCUUCCUCCCCUUCCGGAUUUUAGUAUAAUUUUUGGUGUAUUAACAAAGUACAGUGAGGGGCAUCUUUUCCCAAACUUUCAACCCUUGAAUGAAAUUUUAUAAGGGAGAGGUUGGAGCUCAGAAUUGAAUAACUUUAACUUUCAAACAGCUUUUAGAUAAUGUUUCAACAAAUUAAAUUAUUGACGUCCGGUUUGCCGAGGCAACUUCCACACCAGGCUUUUGAACGAGUAUACAUGUUGCAUUUUAACUCUUGCAACUUAAAGUUAUGAAUAUUUGACCCGUUCGGAUUUGAGUCACACUUUUUCUUGUGUCCGUGGAAAUACUGAAAAAGGUCUUACUUUUAAUUUUUAGCAACAGCAAAUAUGUCGCUCUUUGAACCGUACCGAUCAUAAACAAUUUUAAUGUGUCUCCGGGGAACUUUUUGUUUGCGAGCAAUGAUCAAAACUAACGGUAACAACCACUUUUUGGGCUUUCUUGAGGUGUGCACUAUUGCUCCCCACUCAGGUGAUGUCGAGUUUGGAUCUCGGCUGUUGCUACGUGUUGUCUGGCUCCGCUGCGAUAUCUCUUGGUGCACAGUUUUUAUCUCGAGUUUCUACUCAAUAAUAUUUCAGAAAAAUUGCAAACACAUCGGAAUUUGUUUGGUUAAUAGUCCUUUUUUUCCCUCCCUCUUUAUUGAUAAGUGUACUGCCUCGCAAGAGAGAUUAAUAUGCUUCAUGUGUGCUGAUUAUUCUGUGCUUUUUUUUUGUGAGUGCCUUUAGAAAAAUGUCUUCAUAAGAAUACCUCCAUACAAAGCAAGAAAGAAAGACACAAUUAAUUAUAUUAAGUAACUUUUAUUCACCUAGUCGUUCGCUACCACUAGCAUUUAAUUUUCAACGGGGUUGUUGCCUAGUUUUUUUUUUUCAAUUUGUUUCCCGAAAGUUUGUGUAAAAUGAGAGUGCCUGAAUUUUUCCGUUUCUCAUUUAGUCAAAUUUUAGCUGAGAAGAAACUUUCAAAAUUGCAUAAAAUCUAAUCUGUGUUACAAUCAAAAGAAUAUUGUAUCAGCAGGUUUUGUUACUCAUUAGAAAAAAUAACUGCUGCAUAUCCAUUCACCUACGUUUGCAUUUUUACUUAAGGUUGCAAUUGUAAGGAGAGGUUAAAUAUUCUAACAAUGCUUGCAAUAUUGUCGCUUGUUGAGGUAGAUAUUUUUGUCGAUUGUUUGAAAUGAAAUUUUUUGUUCAUGAUUAAAAUUGCACAGUGGCCGUGUGGCAUUAGAUUCAAGAUGGUUGAAACCGUGGAUCAUCGUCUCACAAUUACGUCAUAAGUUGCAGGCCAAUGAGAUACAUUCUCUUUUUGACCUCAACUCCAAGCCUUUCCUUUUCCGUCAAAUAAGCUGCUUUAGGCUGUUUGAAGCUUGAAGGCGUUUCUUGAUAAAAUAUACUUCAGAAUCACCUAUUUUCUGGGCUAUUUUUUGAUGUUGCAAAUGAGGCGGUUUUUUUUUUACCCCACGAGAAUAUAGAUCAUAUACGAUGUUUGUGAGGCCUUUCUCGUAUCUUUUCAAGAAUUUCACAAUAGAGCCGCUUUUAGAAUUGAGGCUGACAGGAACUUAAUUAAUAACAUUCAAUGUUUGUGAUAAUUAAAAAAAUGUAUAGGCAAAACAAUUAGACUAAUGUCAAAGCUUCAUUUGCCAACUGAGCACUUGCAGUAAUAACUUAGAACUGACGGUGAAUUGUAUAUUAGAGGAGUCAGUUUUAAAAUUCACGCUAAUCCUGCUGACAAAGAUUUGGAGUAUGACUAGCCAUGUUCCUUCCUCAAAGUUGUUUUAAUGAUUUAUUUUAUUCUUCCACUUAUUGUUGAUAGUUUUGAACUCUUCCUUCUAUUUUGAUGUUUUCGUGUACCUUACCUCUCCACAUCUACACAUCUGUUUGUUCUAUCCAUUCUAAGUAGCUUGAAAAUAUGAGCGUUUUCCUCGAAAUGACUUUAGGUUUUUAGCUUUUCCUCGUUGCGUUUUUUUCCUCAAGCAUUUAAGCCGGAUAGAAUAGAAAUUUGCACUUUCCAAAAGAUUGAUGUGGGUAUUUUGAAUCCAUACUUUUUUUCCCCAGUCUCCCAGUCUUAAUCAUUCAGUGUGCGGAAAAUUUCUUUAUUUUUCAACGCUGCUUAGGGCUGUGUAUCAAAGAGAGUAUAAAGUUGAUGUCAGUAAAGCUUCGAAUGCCUCGUCAUUGGCUCUGUUUGUCAAACCUGAAAAAUAAUACCAAGAAAUUCAGUGCAACAGCAAAUGUGUAAAGGUCUUACCCUACCCAAAAAAUAAUAAAGAAGAAAUUAAUUUUCCAUCA